AUGGCUUCCAAGCUAUCCAUAUUAUGCACCUUCUUUCUACUGAGCAUGCUCCUCUCCUCGUCUCCAUCUCUUGCAGGCUCUUCCACCGAAGAUGGCAUUUGCAACUCCACACAAUACCCAUCUUUUUGCAAAUCAAGAUUACCACCUAACAAGUCUGGCAGUACCAUACACGAUAAUGGCAGGCACUUUGUUCACCUCUCUUUAUCAUCAGCACAAGACUUUAGCCAGCUCAUCAAAUCAUACCUAACUCCACAUUCCUCGUAUUCCGAAGCCACCAUUCAUGCCCUCCAAGAUUGUCAGUUUUUAGCUGACCUGAAUGUGGAUUUCCUGUCGAAAACUUCUCAAACUGUUAAUUUUACAGAUAGUGUAAACAGCUUGCUAGCAGAUGACUUGCAAACAUUGUCUAGUGCCACCUUAACAAACCAAGAAACAUGUUUUGAUAGCCUUCAAGAGGUAGCAUCAGACUCCAGCGUCAGAAAAGAACUGCUAGAUCCCCUAUCUAAUGGGACUAAGGUUUAUAGCAUUUCUCUCGAUCUUUUGAAUCGUGGUUGGGUUGUUCAGGCAAAGAGAGGAAGAAUGUUAACAGAAAGAAAAUUUAUAUUUUCCAAGAUAUUGGAAAAUGCUAGAAAGAAACUUUCCCCAGCUUUAGUAAUGUCAUUGCGCAACAAACAAGAAAGUUCCGAGUCUGCAAUUGUGAGGAAGCUGCUUCAGACUAUGGGCAACAUAUUGGUGAGCCGAAGGGUGGUUGUGAACCCAAAUGGUAGUGGAAACUUCAAAACUAUCAAUGAUGCUGUGGCUGCUGCUCCAAACAAUACCGGAACUAGUAAUAGCUAUUUUGUGAUUCACGUGGUAGCCGGGGUCUAUGCAGAGUAUGUUUCCAUUGCUAAGAAUAAACAAAACUUGAUGAUGAUUGGAGAUGGUGUCAACCGGACUGUGAUCACAGGCAAUCAUAGCGUUGCAGAUGGUUGGACUACAUUUAAUUCUUCGACAUUUGCUGUGGCCGGGCAGGGAUUUGUAGCAACAAACAUCACCUUUCGCAACACAGCCGGAGCAAUCAAGAACCAAGCUGUGGCAGUCCGUAAUGGAGCUGACCUCUCCACAUUUUACAGAUGCAGUUUUGAAGGCUACCAAGACACAUUAUAUACGCAUUCAAUGAGGCAAUUUUACAGAGAAUGCGAUAUCUAUGGCACGGUUGAUUUCAUAUUUGGUAAUGCCGCCGCUGUUUUCCAAGACUGCAACAUUUACCCAAGACUUCCACUGCAAGGACAGUUCAAUGCCAUCACCGCACAAGGCAGAACAGAUCCCAACCAAAACACCGGAACUUCCAUCCAUAACUGCAGCAUUAAAGCAGCCAAGGACUUGGCCUCUGGCGAUGGAACUACGAAAACGUACCUCGGGAGGCCAUGGAAGCAGUAUUCAAGAACUGUUUAUAUGCAAUCUUUUAUGGAUAGCCUCAUUGACCCUUCAGGUUGGCAGGAAUGGUCUGGGACUUUUGCCCUGAGUACGUUGUACUAUGCAGAGUACAAUAAUUCAGGGCCUGGAUCGAACACCAGUGGAAGGGUUACAUGGCCCGGUUACCAUGUUAUAAAUGCGACAGAUGCUGCCAACUUCACUGUGUCAAAAUUCAUACAAGGAGAUGCGUGGUUGCCUGCGACUGGGGUGCCUUACAAUGGUGGUUUGCUAUAA